CGAAAAACGAGACCUGCGAUAAAAUCUCGCGUGAUGUGUCAUGGCGGUUGUCAGAAUGUUUUGUAGGCUUGUCAAAGGAUCGAGGGCUCUGCAGGUGCUUCUGGUAGCAUUUGUCGCGUUUCUGCUUUAUGCAUUUUACGUCUGGAAGAAUGCCAACACUUUUACUACGAUAACUAAAAUGAUAUAUAGUGAUGUCGAACCUCGGUUGAAACCAAAACAUCCCGAAUCUAUCGAUUUAUCAUUCCUGCAACAGCUGCACGACGAUACCGAUGUUCUCACGGACAGUGGAGACGAUGACGGCGACAGCCAGUUUGAACACGACGAUGAAAUUUAUGUUAUCAUUACAUUCAGCAAAGCAAAACAGAAUUAUGCACUUCAGAACAAGUUUAGGACUUGCGUGUCUUCGAUGUUUUACCAAACCAGAACGCGAAUCAUGUUUUAUAUCAUCGGAGAUGACGUCAGUCAAAAUAUUGCAGAAAACAUCAUGCAUGAAGUUUCUAACAAUAACAGUUUUCAGGUAAUGCAUCUUGAUGUUCACCUACUUGCCAAAAAACUCAAUCGAACAAUAUUUAAGAUGCAGAAGUACUUCACCAAGCCAGGGGCAUACUACAGUGAUCCUCUUUUCUUCCUGUCAUUGGUGAUUCAUAGAGUUAUGCCCCUUGACUUGCACAGAGUGAUAAUGCUGGAUUCUGAUUUGAAAUUCCGGUCCGAUAUCAACCAGCUGUACAGACUAUUUGGAGAAUUUAAAGAAGAGAACAUAAUAGGAAUUGCUAGAGAAAUGCAGCCAGUAUACAGACACACCUUCUGGCAGUAUCGUAAAAACAAUCCCGGAACUCGUGUUGGGGAUCCACCACCGAACGGACUUACAGGAUUCAACAGUGGAGUUCUGCUUCUUGACCUAGACAAAAUGAGAAAGUCUGACCUUUAUAAUUCUUUAAUAGACUCUGAUGCAGUUUUUAAUUUGACAGAAAAGUUCUAUUUUAAAGGUCAUUUAGGGGAUCAAGACUUCUUCACCUUGCUAUCUUUGGACUACGAGAAUUUAUUUUAUAUUUUGCCAUGCACGUGGAACAGACAGCUGUGUGAGUGGUGGCGACAUCAUGGGUAUGCUGACAUAUUCGAUGAAUAUUUCACAUGCAAAAGUCAUAUCAAUAUUUACCAUGGCAACUGCAAUACACCGUUUCCAGUCUGAA